GGUAUUGACCGAACUGAGGCUGGCUGGUGUCCGAGUUAACUGUGAAGACCGCUAGCAGUGGCUAACUGACUAAUGGGCCUAGCUCAAAAGCAAACAGAUAGUAACAGAUCCAUACCAUGUUGGGUGAGGCGGGUUGCAGGAGAGUAUAUUCAGUCCGUAGAUGGAAAGUGGGAUUAAAAUAUAUACCAAAUAUAUACGGGAGGAAAACUAUUAUUUACACGGGACAAGACAAAACACACGUCCGACUGCUACGCCAUCUUGGGAAAAAAUGAGCAUGUGUAGGGCUGUGACUUCAAUCAAAUCAAAUGUAUUUAUAAAGCCCUUCUUACAUGUCAUAAAGUGCUGUACAGAAACCCAGCCUGAAACCCCAAACAGCAAGCAAUGCAGGUGUAGAAGCACAGUGGCUAGGACAAACUAGCCAAAGACUUGAAUGGAAUAUGACUGAAGGAGUGGGAUAUUUAUUUUUCAUGUGUCUCUUUUUUAAAUUUUGUAUAUCGUUUUUUCCCCUUUCCAACUAUCGAUAUUUGUUCCAUAGUUUACCAUCCGUACAGUAGGUGGCGGCAUGCAUCUCUAACGAUUAUUUGCGGACCGCCAUAAUACCAUAGAAGAAGAAGGUUAUUUCGGUCGAGGAACGUCACCUGCGUCUGUCUGUAAGGUGUUCCGAAGCCAGGGAAGGGAUGACCGGCGAGACGGAGGCUGAUAUACCUGAAACGGGAGCAGUCUUCACCUUUGGGAAGAGCAAGUUUGCUGAUAAUAUGCCCAGUAAAUUCUGGCUGAAGAAUGACCAUCCAGAGGAAAUCUCAUGUGGGGGGGAUCACACUGCUGUCAUAACAGGCCAUGGCAGGCUGUUCAUGUUUGGAAGUAAUACCUGGGGUCAGCUAGGACUUGGGUCAGAGAUCAAUGUCAACAUCAACAAGCCCACCGCUGUGAAAGCGUUGAAGUCUGAAAAAGUUAAGUUUGCAUCAUGUGGGAGAGACCACACAAUAGUGUGCACAUGGAGUGGGCGUGUUUAUGGUGCUGGCAGUAACCAGGAGGGGCAGCUUGGUUUGGGACACUGUGACGACACAAACACCUUCCACCUGCUUCAUCCUUUCUCCGACCAUGCACCCAUCAAAAUGCUUGCUGCUGGCUGCAACACCUCAGCUGCCCUAACAGAGGACGGCAGGCUGUUCAUGUGGGGUGAUAACUCUGUGGGCCAGAUCGGUCUGGGCACAGAGAGCUACACCUCAGAGCCCAGAGAUGUGAUGGUGGGACAGCCAGUGGCCUGGGUGUCUUGUGGAUACCACCACUCAGCGUUUGUCACAGUGGAUGGGGACCUCUACACGUUUGGGGAGAGUGGGAGCGGAAGACUGGGGGUAUUCCCAGACCAGCUAGCCAAUCACAGAGUCCCUCAACGUGUGGAAAGCAUCCAGGACCCGGUCAUCCAAGUGUCCUGUGGAGGGGAGCACACAGUGGCACUCACAAAGGACAAUGUGUACGCAUUUGGGCGGGGGCAGCAUGGGCAGCUAGGCCAUGGGACCUUCCUGUUCGAGGUACCUUUGCCAAAAGCACUGGACCACUUCCGGAAUGGCAGAGUCAGUCACGUAACCUGUGGAGAGAACCACACUGCAGUGAUCACAGACAGUGGGAUUCUAUACACCUUUGGGGACGGUCGCCAGGGUAAACUAGGACUGGGGGAAGAGAACUUCACCAACCAGUUCAGACCAACACUGUGCCCACGCUUCCUCAAAUACAGUGUCCAGUCAGUGGCAUGUGGCGGCUCUCACAUGCUGGUGCUGGCUAUGCCCAGACUCCCAGAGGUUGAGGAAGUGGUGAUAGAGGAGGAUGAUGUUACAGAGAGCAUUCUGGAGUCUCUGGAGACCUACACCGAGCUGCUCCUGAUGGACCCCUCCUUCCUGAUGCCCAACUCACAAACCACACCUCCUCUCUGGACCCUGUCUGCUAGGGCCCGCCGCAGGGAGAGGGAGAGUUCUCCAGAGCAGUUUGGCCAGAUGUUCCGUAACCUUCCGCCUCUGAUGUCAGGCUUCCUCAACACCUCCCUGCCCCUGUCCAGAAAUAUCCGCAUCUCCAGAACACCAUCUGAAGACCUCUGCACCUCCUCACUGUCCUCCAAUCCCUCCUCAAACGACCCCCCCAGCCCCUCACUCUCCCUUAAAUCCAGAUCCAAAACCCCAUUAACACCGUCACCCAAGUUCAUAUUCCCAGACCCUCCUAGCCCUUCACUCUCCUCCAAGUUCUCCCCUAAGAAGAGGCUCAGCCCAUCAAAAUCCCCCAAAUAUGCAUCUAAAGAACACCUCACCCCCCCACAGUCCUUUAAAUCCACACAUAAACUCAUCCCCACCUCCUCAGUGUCCCCUAAACCCUCCUCUGUAAAGCCCACAGAUGACAAACAAUCCUCCAAAAUGCUGUCUGAGGGUCCCACCACACCACAGACAGAGAGGACCAAGGACACUGUGAUAGAAGCAACUGACAACCGGAUGCUCAUUGAGAAUUUGGAGAAGAACAUGGAUGAAGAGGACAAUAAAGACAUGUUGCCAGACCUGGCAUUACCAUCAGGAGGAGAUUUUGGCGAUGAGACUGGGACUACAUCUGCAGAACAGAAGGAUAAGGAACAUAAAAAGGGUCGGGCUCUGAGGAGAGCUGUUAAGGAGGCAGAAAUGGAGGUUGAACAAGCCCGGGCCAACAGGAAGCCGCAGCUACUUUCUCAUAAGGCCCUUCCCACCGAGCUUCUGAGAGGCUCCAGCUUGAGUUCAUUAAAGGCAGAGGGCACGCCCCCAAAGAGCCCCAAAUGCUUAAUGAACCCUCAGACCCCAGCCAGCGGCAAGGAAAACAUUGUCUUGACAGGAGAAAAUUCUGGCAUCAAAGUGAACACCAGUAAACUGACAGGUAGUAAUCUGCAAAGCACAGGUAAAGCAGGGUCUAAACCAAUUUCACCAGCAAAGAAACAAAGCAAGUUAUCCGUAUCGAAACCUAGCACUCCUACACACAGCCAGAUCCAGAUAUCUGUGUCUAAACCCAGCGCUCCAAAACAUGGUCAAAACAAACUGUCUGAAUCUAAACCCAGCACUCCAAAACAUGGUCAAAACAAACCUUCUGAAUCUAAACCCAGCACUCCAAAACAUGGUCAAAACAAACUGUCUGAAUCUAAACCCAGCACUCCAAAACAUGGUCAAAACAAACUGUCUGAAUCUAAACCCAGCACUCCAAAACAUGGUCAAAACAAACUGUCUGAAUCUAAACCCAGCACUCCAAAACAUGGUCAAAACAAACUGUCUGAAUCUAAACCCAGCACUCCAAAACAUGGUCAAAACAAACUGUCUGAAUCUAAACCCAGCACUCCAAAACAUGAUCAAAACAAGCUGUCUGAGAUGAAUAAAGGUACAGAGAUGAAAGGUAAAGGCCCUGUAAAAGUUCAAGGUAAAGAGGCUUUCAAAGACAAGAAAUCUAAAAUUACAGCAGAAGAUACUAAAACAAUUGAAGUUCAAAAUAAACCACUUCAAGAGAUCGUGUCCCCUCCAGUCAAAGUUAAAGGUAAACCUGUGGAAAAGGAAACAACUCCAAUUAACGCUACUGCUGAAACCAUUCCUUUGAAAGUAAAGAGCAUUCCCAAGAAGAUUGUAGAUGAUAACAAACCAUCUGAAUGUAAAGGCACUCCAAUAAAAGCAAAAAAGAAGGCAAAAGAGGUGAAUGAAGAGAAGAUGGAAGAGUCUAUUACUUUCAACGAGUCAGGGACAACAGUGGGGAACAAAAUGGCAGUUAAAGAUAAAGGCAAAGAAAAAGAAAGUGCACCCACCAAAACAAAAAAUGUGCCCAAACCAAAAGAUGUUGAAGCGAAACUAACUGAGUUAGAGGGAGCCCCAGUGAAACUGAAAAGCAAGCCAACAGAGGUUUCCAGCCAAGCAGUCUUAGUAGAACCUACCUCAAAGGCCAAAUCACCAGUCACAUCACUCUCAUUAUCAGAUGCACUACCUCAAAAUGCUGGAGAUAAGAAGUCAACAAAGUCACUUGUUGUCUGUCAGGUCAGGGAUAGAGUGGAGGUCCCAGGGGAAGAUGCCUUUGAUGAAUCCCAGGAGGGGAAGCCUAGCUGGGGAGGAUUUCUCAGCGAUGCAGCCUCUCUCCUUCCAGAUGUGGGGAUGGCGGGGACAGCCAUGGGGGUCCUGAGUGAGGCGGUGACCAGCGUGAGGGGGAUUCAGUCGGAGAGUGACACAGACACUUCUAUCCCUCCUCGGCGGUCCAGCCGGGUAGAGAGGUUCACCAAACAGAGCGCCAUCACCCAGCCUUCCUCCACAUCACCCUCUUCUUCAACAUCAGAUCCAAGCACAGCUGAGCAAAGCAAGAGGACUGACACCCGCAUCGGCACCCUCAGGAAUUCUGAUCGGGAAGUGGGGAGCAGGAUUUUUGAGAAGGACCCAGAAACCACAGAGGCUGCUAGCGAGAGGUCAGGAGGUCAGGCCAAGGUCGAUUAUGAUGAGAACUCUAGUAGUCAAAGUUCGGGAGCUGAGGAUGAUGAAGAUAAAGAGUCCACAAAGAGACAUGGAGAUGGGACAGAAAUGGAGAGCACCAAACAAGAGGAAAAAGAGGAUUACAGAAGUGUUAAGGGUCUGGAAGAUAACAGUGAAGACAGUGAUACUGUGGCCAGCGGAGAGGGAGAGGAGGGUAGAGAAGAAAAGAGUGAAGACAGCGAGGGCGCGGAAGAAGAAAAGAGUGAAGAGAGCGAGGGCGCAGAGGCAGAAGAAAAGAGUGAAGACAGCGAGGGCGCGGAAGAAGAAAAGAGUGAAGACAGCGAGGGCGCAGAGGCAGAAGAAAAGAAUGAAGACAGCGAGGGCGCGGAAGAAGAAAAGAGUGAAGAGAGUGAGGGCGCGGAAGAAGAAAAGAAUGAAGAGAGCGAGGGCGCGGAAGAAGAAAAGAGUGAAGAGGAUGCGGAGGCGGAAGAAGAAGAAACGAGUGAUAGUGUGGGGACAGGAGGGGGGGAGGAGGAAGACGAGAGGUGUGAGAGUGAGGGGACAGGAGGGGGGGAGGAGGAAGACGAGAGGUGUGAGAGUGAGGGGACAGGAGAGUGGGAACAGGGAGAGAAGAGUGAUAGUGAUGUGACUAUAAAGGGGGAGGAGGAAGAAGAGAAAAUUGAUGAGGGCACAGUACAGGGGGAGGAGAAAGAAGAGAAGAGUGAUAGUGAGGGGACAAGUGAUGGGGAGGAGAGCAAAGAGAGUGAUUCUGAGGCAAGCCUAGAGGAGGAGGGAGACGAGACGAGUGCACAGAGUGAGGGGGAAGGAGAAGAGGGCGAAAGUGGUUCUGGGACAAGUAGAGAGGAGGAGAUGAGUGAAGAAGAGUCCAGUGAUGAAGAGAGUGGGGAUAAAGAGGAAGAGGAGGAGAGCAAUUCGAGUGAGUAUGAAAAUGAGGAGAGUGGUGAUGAAUCCAGAAGUGAGGCUGAGAGCAAGAGUGAGGUAUCAGCAGAAGAGAAAGAAGAUAAACAAGCAGAAAGUAAAGCCACUGAGUCAGCAGAGGAGGAAGGAGAGAACCAAGAAGAGGAAGAGAGUGGAGCAGAGGAGGAAGGAGAGAACCAAGAAGACGAAGAGAGUGGAGCAGAGGAGGUAGGAGAGAACCAAGAAGAGGAAGAGAGUGGAGCAGAGGAGGAAGGAGAGAACCAAGAAGAUGAAGAGAGUGGAGCAGAGGAGGAAGGAGAGAACCAAGAAGACGUAGGGAGUGGAGCAGAGGAGGAAGGAGAGAACCAAGAAGAUGAAGGGAGUGGAGCAGAGGAGGAAGGAGAGAACCAAGAAGAUGAAGAGAGUGGAGCAGAGGAGGAAGGAGAGAACCAAGAAGACGUAGGGAGUGGAGCAGAGGAGGAAGGAGAGAACCAAGAAGAUGAAGAGAGUGGAGCAGAGGAGGAAGGAGAGAACCAAGAAGAUGAAGAGAGUGGAGCAGAGGAGGAAGGAGAGAACCAAGAAGACGGAGAGGAGAAGGAAAGUAGUGAAAGUAAAGAAAAUGAGGAGGAGGCAGGCGUAAGUGAGGAGGAGGGGGAGGAAGAUGAAGAAAGUGGAGAAGGUGAGGAUGAUGCAGGAGAGGGGGAAGCAGUUGAGGGUGAGGAUGAAAAGGAAGGUGAAAAGGAUGAGAACAACGAAGUUGAAGAGGGUGAGGAGGGACGAGAAGAUGAUGAGAAAGAAGCCAGGGGAGAGGAAGAGGUUGAAGGUGGAAAAGGUGAGGAGGAGGAGGAAGAAGAAGAAGAAGAAGAAGAAGAAGAAGAGGGAGACAAAGAAGCAGAAGGAGAAAAGGAAGGAGAGGAAGAGGGAGAGGAGGAGGAAGAAGAAAGACAGCAAGGAGAGGGGGAGGAUGAAGGAAAGGAAGAGGGUGAAGAAGAAGAGGAAAUUAAGAAUAGAGAAGAUCAAGGAGAAGGAAAGGAUGAGGAUAUGAAAGAAAGAGAAGAGAAUAAUGAGAAGAAAGGAGAGGAUGAGAGUGAAAAGGGGGAUGGUGAAAAACAGGAAGAGGAGAAAGAGGAAAGAAGAGUGCAUGAAGAGAGAGAUGAGGAAGCAAAUAAACAAAAAGAGGAAAGGGAGUGGCAAGAGGAGGAAGAUGAGGAAGUGAAGGGAAAAAACGGGGAGGGGGAGGAGAAGGGGGGAGGUAAAAAAGAAGGGAAAGAAAAUAAGACAAGUGAUUUGGAGGUAGAACAAGAGGAGGAAGAAGAGGGCGCAUGUGAACAGAAAGGGGAGAUGGAUGAGGAGGAAACGGGAGAGGAGGAAGGGGAAGGAGAAGAAGAGGAAGAGGAGAAAGAUAGUAAAGGAGAGGAAGAGGAGGAAGAGGGAGAGGAAGAAGAAGAGGGAGAGGGGGAGGAAGAAGAAGAGAGAAAAUCACAGAAAGGGAUAAAGAAAGGGUCACAGAGCGUACCACCUAAAGCAGCUCCCCCCAGCAGGAAAGGGAAGGAAGAGCCCCCAAUGGAGAAACCCAAACCACCGGCCCGCACCAAGCUGAGGACCACAGGGGGAAAACAGGCCAAUGGAACCCAAGAAUCCCAACAGUUCUGGAACAAUGUCUUACCCCAGUACCUGGAGCUGAAGUGAAAUAUACUGGACAUCAAUGGUUCCCAAUUUUAUUUGGGUCAGAACCCAUAACCUGACUGUUAAUAACAGCUGGAAUGGGUCUGGACCUCAGAAAACUAAGCCAGGUGCUCAAUAUACAGCACGACCCUACGUAAACUCCUUGAAUUUAAUCAAUAUCUGCAUACAAUUUACACAAUAUGCCCACUGUACUGUAAGGUACUGAACUGAGUGUACUCAUGCACUAUACUGUACUGAAUUGUAAUAUACAGUGCCUUGCGAAAGUAUUCGGCCCCCUUGAACUUUGCGACCUUUUGCCACAUUUCAGGCUUCAAACAU